AUGUACUGCAACAACUUCUCUGGUGCUGUCUUCCCAGGGUGCUACUGGGGCAGCUACGGCUAUCCCCUGGGAUACAGCGUUGGCUGUGGCUACGGAAGCACCUACAGCCCAGUGGGCUACGGCUGCGGCUAUGGCUACAGUGGCUGUGGACCUUUUGCCUACAGGAGAUACUGGCCAUUUGCUCUCUACUGA